GGCGCCGCGCCGGCCCUGAGCGCCGUGCUGCCGCUGACCCACCUGCACCACAACCAGUGCUUGACUGGUGAGGAAAUUUUUAAUUUGCAUGGGAUACCGAACAACAGUCACGUAUCAAAUUCAAGCUUCUCUUCAAUAUGUCCUGCUGUUUUGCAACAGCUAAUUUUUCACCCAUGUGAUCAUCAGGAAAACUUUGUGGAUACAUCUAAACCACAUUCUUUACAAGUUUGGGGAUUUGGGUUCCUGGCUGUGACUAUCAUUAACUUGGCAUCACUUCUGGGAUUGAUUUUAACUCCCCUCUUAAAGAAGUCAUAUUUCCCCAAGGUUUUAACCUACUUUGUGGGCUUGGCCAUUGGUACUCUCUUUUCUAAUGCAAUUUUCCAGCUCAUUCCAGAGGCAUUUGGGUUUGACCCCAAAGUAGAUAACUAUAUUGAGAAAGCAGUUGCUGUAUUUGGUGGAUUCUAUAUUCUCUUCUUUGUGGAAAGGAUUCUUAAAGUGAUACUGAAGAUCUAUAACCAGACUGGCCAUAAUGACUCUGAAAAUGCUGAAGAGAAUCGUUCUCAGGAUAAGACUAACCCACCCAAACCACUAUCAUCUAGCAAUGGAGGAACGUGUUACGCAAAUUUAGCCGUCAUAGAGAGCAAUGGAAAUCUUGGUUUUGACAGCAUCAGUGUGGUCUCAGCACAGGAAGAAGCCACCCAAGGCAGCUUAUGCAAGUGUCUUAAAGGGCGUCCACUGUCAAAGAUUGGCACCAUUGCUUGGAUGGUAACACUGAGUGAUGCCGUACAUAAUUUCAUAGAUGGUUUGGCUAUUGGUGCUUCUUUCACUUUGUCUCUGCUUCAAGGGCUUAGUACCUCCAUAGCCAUCUUGUGUGAAGAGUUUCCUCAUGAACUGGGGGAUUUUGUCAUCCUGCUUAAUGCAGGAAUGAGUACUCGGCAGGCUCUGUUUUUCAACUUUCUGUCUGCAUGUUCCUGUUACAUUGGGAUGGCUUUUGGUAUAUUAGUAGGCAACAACUUUGCUCCUAACAUCAUCUUUGCCGUAGCUGGUGGAAUGUUCCUGUACAUCUCUCUGGCAGAUAUGUUCCCAGAGAUGAAUGAUAUGCUGCAAGAGAAAGUGACAGGAAGAAAAAUGGAUCUCACAUUCUUCCUUAUUCAGAAUGUGGGUUUACUAACAGGGUUUACUGCUAUACUGAUGAUUACCCUGUAUGCAGGAAAUAUUCAACUGUAA